GUGAGGACACGAUUGAAACUUCAAGAGCCAUUUUUUCAGCAGAAGUAUUUCACGGUAUCUCUCCUCUCUUGCAUAGCACUACAGUGGUAAAACAGAAUUAGGAAGGAAGGAUGCUCUCAGUAUUCAACAUGGGAACUCAGCUUCAACCAAGAGUAAUAGGCCUUCCCAGAAGUCAAGGUGUAUUGGAUGUAGAAGUAUAUUCUACAAAUAGAGCACAACUGAGGACUUCCACCAGCAACAGAUUUAUGUGCACCUUAAAUCAGUCAACAGGAGUCUCGGCUCAAGCAGCGCAAACAGAAAGUAGGACUUUAGUCAAAAUGUGUGGAAUUACGUCAGCUAGAGAUGCUGCUCUUGCAGCAGAAGCUGGAGCCAAUUUUAUUGGUAUGAUCAUAUGGCCCAACUCAAAACGCUCUGUUUCACUUUCUACUGCAAAGGAAAUCUCGAAGGUUGCGCGGGAAUAUGGAGCUCUGCCAGUUGGGGUGUUUGUAGAUGAUAAUGCUGACACAAUACUAAGGGCGUCUGAUGCAGCAGACCUUGAAUUGGUGCAGCUUCAUGGAAGUGAUUCUCGAGAUGCUUUUCCAGUUUUAGUCAGGGAGAGACGUUUAGUAAACGUACUUCAUGCAGAUGAAGAGGGAGGCCUUUUGAACUCUAUCUCUGAUGAGGAGUCUUCUCUAGUUGAUUGGAUUCUAGUGGAUAGUGCGAAAGGUGGCAGUGGCAAAGGAUUCAACUGGGCUCAGUUUAAGCUACCAUCAAUUAGAAGCAAACACGGGUGGCUCUUGGCCGGAGGAAUUAACCCAGAGAAUGUUUGUGAAGCUCUUUCUGCUCUGAAACCCAAUGGAGUGGAUGUCAGUAGUGGCAUAUGUGGACAAGACGGCAUCAAAAAGGAUGAGUUCCGGAUACAAUCAUUAAUGAAUGCAGUGAAAUCUUUACACCUUUAGUUGAUUUUGAAUAGCUGUGACACUAUUGAGGCAAGAUUCCUAUUGCAGAUUGUUAAAUCAACUGCAAUGUUGGUGCAGAUCCCUUUUGUCAUUGCUCUGCUGAUUUGUGUAGGCUAAGACUAAUAUCUCAUGAUACAUCAAUUUUGUACUAUUAUAAAAAAAAAACAUCAAUUUCUUUGUAAGAGUGCAACUUCCCUCAAGCAA